AUGAGCAUCAAACGCUUCUCUUUAGCUACCCCCCUCCUAUUUCUCAGCAUUUUCCUGAUCUCUAGCUUCACUGCUGGGGCACAGCAGCCUCGGCCUCGACCGCGGCCGCGGCCACCCCCACCCCCACCCCCACCACUACGGCGACGGCCACCGCCACCGCCACCACCACAUGCAAGUCCUAUUGUAGCACCGUCACCACCACCAAAAAAUGCAAACCCUCCUACUGUUGCACCAUCACUACCGCCAGGUGCAAGCACCCCUAAGGUGGCACCAUCACUGCCACCAAGUGCAAGGCCACCCAUUGUGGCACCAUCAUUGCCUCCUACAAGUUCAAAUCCUCCUACUAUAGCACCAUCACAACCACCUGCAAGUGCAAGUGCCCCUACUGUCCCACCAUCUCAGCCACCUGCAAGUGCAAGCCCUCCUACUGUGGCACCAUUACCGCCACCAAGUGCAAGCCCCCCUACCAUCGCACCAUUACUGCCACCAGGUGCAAGCCCCCCAAUUGUGGCACCAUCACAACCGCCUGUAGGUGCAAGCCCUCCUACUGUUACACCAUCACCGCCACCACGUGCAAGCCCCCCAAUUAUGACACCAUCACAACCGCCUGUAGGUGCAAGCCCCCCAAUUGUCGCACCAUCACAACCACCUAGAGGUGCAAAUCCCCCUAUUAUAGCACCAUCACAGCCACCUAGAGGUGCAAGUCCCCCUCCUAUGGUACCAUCAUCGUCGCCUCCACCCCCUCCUGUGGUACCAUCACGGCCGCCUCCGCCCCCUCCUGUUGUACCAGCACCACCCCCUCCUGUGGUACCAUCACGGCCGCCUCCGCCCCCACCGCCCCCUGGGUGUUCCAUUCAGAUCAAUAACCUAGGUGUUUGCUCUCCAACCAGCUUGGUUUUGGGCGGAACUUGCUGUACAGCAGUCAAAGGGGUCGUUGAUCAGAGAUGCACUUGCGAGGCCGCUACGGCUAAAGGCCAAGUUACCAUGAAGUUACUGUUUAUCAAAUGUGGUUAUUUUGCGGAAGCGGUUAACAUCAUCCAUUGCCGAUCUUGAGAAAUGGGUUCUGUCUCCGGGACUAAUUCUGCUUCAACAAUUCUUAAGCACUCAUAAAAGUGGUCUAUCACUCAAUAUAUAAUAAUACGUUUCUAUAUGAAACUUUAAAUAACAUGUAUGCUAUAUAUGCAUCAAAUAACAUGUUUUUAUUUGAUAUUUAGUAGCUUGAUUUCACAAAUUGUUGGUAGAUUGUGGUGACGACUGAAUUACUGU